AUGCUGGGCACAGCAUUGAGAAUUCCGUCGUCUUCUGCUGUGGAUGGACCACCAAGGAAAUCCAGCAUCAUAUGCAUUCCACCACCUCCCGAGUAUUCUUCAACAUCCACCGGAAGAACAGAAGACACACCUUCCAAAAACCAGACCUUGUCCUUCAUUUCGUCGAAUCUUGAUUUUUCGCUCAGGGGCCACACUGCCGUCAAUAUGGUUGCCGCUCCCUUAACAUGGAAUAUCCAUGCCGACGGCGGAAGAGAUUUGAGAGAGGUCGACGUUGGCAGAGACGCGUUGGCGAGAGAGUCCAUAAUCAGAAUCAAAGCGGCUGCCACCAGGGCGUCUGUGUUCUCGGGCGACAUUUCGAGCACUGCCUCACGUAGCAGUCCCAACGCGUCUGCACGGUGUCCCGUAACGCACUGGUCUAGGCCGCGCUCUGUUCGGGAGAGAUGGGUGGCACUGAAAGCAAGAACUGAAUGCAUAAGGAAAGGGUAUUUGAAAGCGAGCAUCGGGAUUUCCUCUGACCAUAUUUUGGAGUCUGAUAUUCCGGCCUCUGUGAUUGUGGGCCAGACUUUGGUGGUGUAG